CACCGCCCAACAUGGAGGUGUCGUCAACAUACCUCAGUUUAACGGUGUUAAUGUUGCAGGGAAUCUAAUGGUCCAAGUCACGCAGGGUAAUGUUUCCCCCGGAUUUAUCAAAUCAAAUAAAACACAUUUAUGUUUAAAUAUGUACCGGAUUAAAAUGUCACCACCGACAUUUCUUAAGACAUGUUGCAUGUUUGUGUUUCAGCCUUGUCUCCUGACAGGACAGACGAGACGAAAGAUGCUUCUCCCAAAAACAAAGCAAACAUUCAAAGGUGCCGAGAUAAGUUAAAAUCGUUCCUUGAAAAUACAACAAAGGAUCUGUCACGAGGAACAAAGGAAGAUGGAUCAUCAACUCCUUUACACAAGAUCUAUACGGAGCUUUACAUCAGACGAGGAGGCAGUGGGGAGGUUAAUAGUGAACAUGAAGUGGUUAACUUGGAAUGCAAAUGGAGUUCGAGUGAGGAUGAGAAAAUCCAAGUCAAUGACAUUCUUCAACCUUUAUCAAAUGAAGAAAACCCUCCUCAGAGAGUUCUGACGAAGGGAAUCGCUGGCAUUGGAAAAUCUGUCGCUGUGCAGAAGUUCACUCACGACUGGGCAACAGGAGAAGCCAAUCAAACUACUGAUUUCAUAUUUCCAUUCACAUUCAGAGAUUUGAAUUUAAUAAAAGAUAAGGAUUGGAGUCUUAUGAAGUUAAUAGGUCACUAUUUUGAUGAAGUAAAGGAUUUGGAAAAGUCAGAUUACAGUGAAUCAAGUGUUUUGUUCAUCUUUGACGGCCUGGACGAAAGCCAAUUACCUCUGGACUUCAACAACAAUGAGAUGUGCCGCGAUGUUACAAAGACCACAACAUUAGACGUCCUGCUGACCAACUUAAUCUCAGGGAAACUGCUGCACAAAGCCUCAGUCUGGAUCACAAGUAGACCAGCUGCAGCCGCUAAGAUUCCUCCGGAGAUCUUCCACAGGGUGACCGAGGUACGAGGCUUUAAUGAUAAGCAGAAGGAUCAGUACUUUCAGAAGAAAGUUAGUGACAAGGAAAUGGCUCAGAAGAUCUCCGAUCAUCUUCAGUCAAAGACGCAAAGAAGUCUGUACAUCAUGUGCCACAUCCCAGUCUUCUGUUGGAUUUCAGCCACAGCUCUCCAGAGUCUCCUAACAGAAGCAGAAGAAGCGGAGUUGCCCAAGACUGUGACUGAAAUGUACACACACUUCCUGAUCACCCAGACAAAGCUGAAGAAAUAUCAGGAAGGUGAAACAGACAAAGGUGUGAUCAUGAAAUUGGGAAAGCUGGCAUUUGAACAGCUUCAGAAGGGCAACAUACUCUUCUAUGAAAACGAGUUUAAAAGUUGUGGAAUUGAUCUGAAACAAGCUGCAGUUAAUUCAGGAGUUUGUACACAGAUCAUAAGAAAAGAAUCUGGUCUUCACAAACAAGAGAUUUACUCCUUCAUUCAUUUAAGUGUUCAGGAGUUUCUGGCAGCUCUGUAUGUGUUAGAGACUUUCUUAGAUAGUGGAGAAAAUCUGCUUCCUAGCCAGACAAGUGUGAAAGUGCCAUCAGAGAAAGGAGAACGUCCCAUCUUCCUCCUCCACCAGAACGCAGUGGAUAUGGCUUUGUUCAGCAAUAAUGGACAAUGGGACUUGUUCCUGCGCUUCCUGCUCGGUCUGUCACAGGAUAAAAAUCAGGAGCUUCUUCAAAAACGAGUUGGAUUCAAAGGAAGACGUCCACAGAGCAACCAGGAGACAAUCAAGUUCAUUCACAAGAAGAUCAAGAAACUGUCCAACAGCGACAAGAGCAUCAACCUGUUCCACUGUUUAAAUGAGUUGGGUGACCAGUCUCUGGUAAAGCAAGUCCAAAAGUACCAGAGCUCAGGAAAUUUUGGUAAACUCUUACCUGAACAUUGGUCAGCUCUGGCCUUUCAGCUGCUCGUUUCCAAUGAAAGUCUGGAUUUCUUUGACCUGAAGAAAUACAAAGGAUCAGAUGAAGUUCUGGAGAGGCUGCUGCCAGUGCUCAAAGCAUCAAAGAAAGCUUCGUUAAGUAACUGUAACCUCACCUACAGAUGUUGUGAGAACAUUUCAUCAGUUCUCAGCUCAAAGUCUUCUGGUCUGGAGGAGUUAGACCUGAGUGGAAACGAUCUGCUGGACUCUGGAGUGGAGCUUCUCUCUCACGGUCUAAAAAGUCCCAACUGCAAACUUCAGAGACUCCGCCUGAGACGCUGCAGGUUAACAGCAGACAGCUGCCGGUCUUUGACCUUUGCCCUCAGCGACUCCUCUGAUCUCAGAGAACUCGACCUGAGCUACAACUACCUGAAGGACCAGGGGGUGGAGCUGCUCUCUGAUUGGCUGAGGAAACCCCAGUGUAGACUAGAGAUACUGAGGUUGUCAUUCUGCACAGAGAGGUGCUGUAAGUCUCUGGCCUCGGCUCUGAAGUCGAACCCUUCACACCUCAGAGAACUGACGCUGGACUUCAGUGAUCCAGGAGAAUCAGGUCUGAAGCUGCUGUCUGAUAUACAGGAGAACAAAAGAUACAAACUGCAGACACUGAGGGUGUCUAAGGGAUUCAUUAGAACAUGAACCGGAUCCGAUCUAAAAGACAACAAUGGAUCAUUUUCCUCCUUCUAUCCGGAUCAAAUGAUCUGAACUACAGGUGUGAAAGUGACCUUAAAUUCCACGUGACUCUUCUCUCUUUAAGGACUCGAUGCUCAAAACUCCUCAAUCAGAAGUCAGAGGGUAUCUGAGCACCAGCUACCAGCUCUCUGUGUAACGUAAGAGCGUAAUAUACUGGAGGGGGGAGGGACACAGAGGAACAUGUCCCCCUGCAUUUUUUCUUUUUUCGUUAAGGCAGUGUUGGACCCCCCCAUUUUACAGUCCAAAAAAAUGUUAUAUUAAAAAGACACAAGGAAACUGCGCUAGGAACACGCUGAAACAGUAGCAUUAGUAGUAGGAAAAGCAAAGCGAUGUCCUAACCCUCAAACUACAGAAAAGAUAAAGAAAUCUUAAAGAAAGUUAUCUGGAAAUAUAAAAAAUGGCAUUAUUGAACUGCUGUGUUCUUCAGAAUGAAUGGAGAGUACGGAAAUAAGAAUAACAUAAAAACUAAAAUCUGUAUAAAAUCUUUAAAAGCUGUAACAGUAUCUCGUAGCUUGGAGUGUUUAGUUUAAACAUUGUAAGAGCAGA